UACACGUGUUGAGUAUUCCCCACACCCAAAACCCAGUCAAAUUCAAAUCUCCCAACAAAACCGCCAAAUUCAUUUCCUAUUCUCACUUCAUUCCUUCACUCUCUUAAAAAACAAAACAAAACAAAACAAACCCCUCCAAAUCCUUUUACAUCAUUUCCACCACCUUGCCAUACCUCCAAAACCACCAAACCGCCCUCCCAAAACCACCCAUGUCAUCCCCCAAAACCACCUCCCCUGACCCCCCCACCCUCCCCAACCCCACCUUGGUGAAAACAACAUCAAAGGCCCAUUCAGCUCUCCAAUCUCUCUAUCUUCUCUUAGGGGACCCACUCCCACCUUCUCUCUCCUCAUCAGAGACUCCUCCUCUCUCUCUCCUUCACAAUACUGAAGUAGCCCAAAAAAUCACUUCCCUCCUCCGUCAACCCCUCUCUGGGGCUGGCGACGACAACAUCUGCCGUUGGUUAUACGACACCUUCCAAUCAUCCAAUCAAGACCUUCAACUCACCGUCCUACGCUUCCUCCCCACUCUCUCUGGUGUCUAUCUAAUCCGAGCCGUCGCUCGUAAACCUCUCGCAGGCUUCGAAGCUGUUUUACUAGCACUUUAUGCACAUGUAACAAUGUCACGUUCUGCUCAUCCAUUAACUGUUACAAUACCAGAUAUAUCAAAUCCUAGUCUGUAUCAUGAAAGUAGUAUUCAAACUAAAUCACUCUCUAAAAAUAGCGCCACUGAGCUAACUGUAGCGGUUGUUUCCCCAAGUUUAGAGCCACACGGCACAGUGCGAUCCACUCGAAGAGCUAGGAUUGUUGGGGUUGCCUUAGAAUUGUAUUAUACCAAGAUAUCACUAAUGCCAGUCCAAUCUAAGAUAGAAUUUUGUGAGUUUUGUGAGGUUUGGGCUGGACAAGAUGGGGACAUGUUUAAGGGGUGUGAAAGUUCAACUACAUUGAGUGGGCCUGAUUGCAUUGAAGAUGAUAUCAACGGUGGUGAUGAAAUUAGUAAUGAAGAUGAUGGGACUACAAGCAAUGUGAUGCGUAGUAAAAGUGUUAAGGAGGAAUGUGGGGAGAAUGGUGGGAGGAUUCCUCUCCCAUGGGAACUCUUGCAACCUUGUUUGAGGAUCUUGGGUCAUUGCCUUCUGGGCCCCACGAGAUCGAAGGAAUUGAAGAAGGCAGCGUGGGCCACUGUUCGGAGCUUGUACGCUAGGGCGUUGCAUGAUGUGGACCCUCAAGCGAUUCUGGCGACCGGGAGCCUUCUCAAGCUGGGGAAAAUGGAGAUUGAUUCAAUGACCGAGCCGUUGGAUGAUCAGAAAGCUUCGUCGAGUUUUGGACAGAAUGAAAAUCUAGUGGUCUUCUCUGCCUGA